AACAACAACAAUAUCUCUUCCUCCCUUUCUCUCAAGCUUUUUUUCAAUUCUCAUCAAAUCAUUUUCUUCCCACGUUUCUAAUUUCAAAAUGGGGUGUAAAGUUAUGGAAACAAAACCAGAGCUUGAUAUUUCAUCAAAAAGUUUGAAGAAGUAUAACAAAGGAGUCAGACAUUUAUCUGAAAAUGGAAUUUCUAAAGUUCCUAAGAAGUACAUAUUUCCUGCUUCUCAGAGAAACAAUGAAAAGAAAGAUCAACUAGUGCCCAGUUUAUCUGGUUUGAAUGUUAAACUUCCUAUCAUUGAUUUUGCUGAAUUACAAGGUCCUAAUCGACUCGCAGUUCUUGAUUCUCUUACCAAAGCUUGUGAGAAUUACGGUUUUUUUCAGGUUAUAAACCAUGGCAUUUCUACUGAUACAAUUAGAGAUAUGAUCGACGUAAGUCGAAGAUUUUUCCAGCAAUCUAUGGAAGAGAGAUCAAAGUUUAUGACAACUGAUGUUCGAGCACCGGUUCGUUACGGAACUAGUUUCAAUCAAAGUCAAGAUACUGUGUUCUGUUGGAGAGAUUUCUUGAAACUUAAUUUCCAUUCCAUGGAUGAAUCUCUUCCUCAUUGGCCUACUUCUCCUGCAGAUUUCAGGGAUUCCAUCUUUGAGUAUGCCAAAGAAAACAGGUUCUUGUUUCUCAAGAUCAUGGAAGCCAUUACAGAGAGCCUAGGAAUAGUUUCCAAGACAACGGGAAACGACAACAAUGAUGCAUUAAAGGAUUUCGUAUCAAAAGAAUUCGAAGAUGGAAGCCAUAUGAUGGUUGUCAACUGUUACCCAUCUUGUCCACAACCGGAGCUAACACUCGGUAUGCCACCACAUUCCGAUUACGGGUUUCUUACUCUUCUCCUUCAAGACGAAGUCGAAGGACUUCAAAUACAACACGAAGGACAAUGGCUAACCGUCGAACCAAUCCCAAAUUCUUUCGUCGUCAAUGUUGGUGAUCAUCUUGAAAUAUUCAGCAAUGGAAGGUACAAGAGUGUAUUACAUAGAGUAUUAGUGAAUGCUAUCAAGUCGAGAACAUCAGUAGCUUCACUGCAUAGUAUGCCGAUCAUGAAUAUGGUGAGACCAUCACCAACACUCAUCAAUGAAGACAAUCCAAGGCGUUAUUUGGACACAAAUUUUGCUACUUUUCUUGAUUUUAUUACUACUUGCGAGCUUAAAGAGAAAAAUUUUCUUGAUUCAAGAAAAUGUUGACCUUUUUGAUAUGUAUAGGAAUCAAUAGAAGUCAAAGUAUACAGUUGUAAGAGUUCUUUUGCACCUUGAAAUAGCCAAGGAAAGUCAAAACAAAAAUUUAUAAAUAUAGCA